AUGAAUGACGAAGUUAUUUAUACUAAUAAAUCUUCUGACAAAGAAAGUCCUCUUCGUAUGAUUUCAUAUUCGGAUAAAAUUCGAACUGUCAUGGAUCCUAACCACAUGCAAAUUACUGCUCUGCAUGUAAAUAUUUAUAACGAAUUGGUGAUUGGUUUACGACAACAAGGACCAGCAUUUCCAGUAAGUGAUUUGUCCGUGCGGCGAAUUGCAAUAUUUGGUAGUGACUAUCGAGGCCCAAUUAAUUUGGAGACGGACACCAAAGGGAGAAAAUUGUUUUCUUAUCCUUCUUUCAUCAGAACUGAUUCAGAAAACGUAUUGUAUGUUGCUGAUUUGGACACAUUGGACUUUACGGGAAGGCUACUUGCGGUAAAUAGAACUGAGCGCUUGAAAUUUGCAUACAGUGGACCGCCUAGUUUAGGUGUAUUCUGUCCGCAUUCAUUCGCUAUAACACCGAUAGACAACAUCAUACUGCUGGACAAUCUUAACAAUUCUUUACAUGUAUUGAAUCCAAAUGGAAUUCUCCUGGCUUUACAGUCUCUUGUCAAGUUAAAUAUAGGAAUAGCAAGUGCAUUGUGUAUUGACAAUGUAGGACAUUUAUUAAUAGGCUGUAGAGGUAUGGAUGGCCAAACUGGAAAAAUUUAUGUCGUGAAGAUUGCAGAUCGUUUCAUGUGA